AGUUUCAUAUUGAGCACAGAUCAUGUCAGCAGCUCUCGAGAAGCCGCAGAUCAUCGCGCACAUCCAGAAGAGCUUGAACUACACGGUGUUCGAGAGCAAAUGGAUUCCGUGCAGCGCCAAGUUUGUUUGUAUGGGAAACUUCGCGAGAGGAACCGGAGUGAUGCAGAUCUACGAGAUCCAGCACGGGGAGCUGCAGCUGGUCAGAGAGAUAGAAAAAUCCAAGCCAAUCAAGUGUGGGACGUUUGGAGCCACGUCUCUCCAGCAGAGGCAUCUGGCCACCGGAGACUUUGACGGAAAUCUUAACGUUUGGAAUCUGGAAGUGCCCGACAGCCCGGUGUACUCAGUUAAAGCACACAAGGAGAUCAUAAACGCCAUUGACGGAGUGGGAGGACUGGGCAUCGGGGACGGGGCUCCAGAGAUCGUCACUGGAAGUAGAGACGGCACAGUGAAGGUGUGGGACUCCCGGCAGAAAGACACGCCGGUGGUCAACAUGGAGCCCACAGAGGGAGAAACCAAGAGGGACUGCUGGACGGUCGCUUUCGGUCAUGCUUUCAAUGAUCAAGACCGCUGUGUGUGCGCUGGAUAUGAUAACGGCGACAUCAAGCUGUUCGAUCUUAGAAACAUGUCUUUACGAUGGGAGAAGAACAUCAGAAAUGGGGUGUGCUCUGUUGAAUUCGACAGAAAAGACAUCAACAUGAACAAACUAGUGGCCACAUCUUUAGAAGGCAAGUUUCACGUGUUCGACAUGAGGACGCAGCACCCCAGCAAAGGCUUCGCUUCAGUCUCCGAGAAGGCUCACAAAUCCACAAUAUGGCAAGUGAGGCACUUACCUCAAAAUCGUGACGUCUUCAUGACAGCCGGAGGAGCGGGAAACCUGCAUUUAUGGAAAUAUGAGUAUCCGGCCCAGAGGAGUAAGAAGGGAGCAGAUGAUGUGGAGAUGGGGGUCGCUGGAUCUGUCAAUCUCCUCCAGAACGUGACUCUGUCCACACAACCCAUCUCCAGUCUAGACUGGAGCCCGGAUAAACAGGGUCUCUGCGUCUGCUCCUCAUUCGACCAGUCUGUACGAGUGCUCAUAGUCACCAAACUCAACACUGUCUGAGCCAACAGUACAUCACUUUUAUUCUCCAACAGACUGGAAUAUCUGAUGACUGUUUACAUGAACGUGUGUGUCUUAAAGGGACAGUUCACCCCAAAAUAUAAUGUACUCACUAUUUAUUCUUCCUUGUGUGGUUUUCAAACUUUUAUUAUCUUUUAUCGGAAACAAAAGAAGAUAUUUCCAUUAAUGUUGGAAACCUGUAACCAUUGACUUCCAUAGUAGGAAUAACAAGUACUAUGGAAGUCAAUGUUUUUCAGAAUAUCUUCCCUUGUGUUUAAUAAGUUAAUAAGCUCAAAGGUUUGAAACAAGGAUGACAAUUUUAAUUUUGGGGUGAACUAUCCCUUAAGUAAAUCUGCAAUUGUAUUCGAGUUGAUUAGUUUUUUUACAGACAAGUGUUAUGAUGCUUUAUAACACUGGAUGUAGUUGUGACUUUGCUUUGCUAGCACUGGUGAAAUGGGUUCUUAUGCCCAAAGUGAAGGCCUUCAGUGCUAUGGUGAAGUUAUUAUUGAUCUUUAAUAAUAAAAUCAAAACAUGAAUUUCUAUUA